CUAGUAGUGAGCAGCCCUCGACGGCCCCCCGGGGGCAGGAGGGACGCAGUAGAUAAAUCAGUGAGCUUGUUUCCUAUGGGCGAAAUAAAAAAAGUCGCUGACACAAAGGUUGCCUGGGGAAUGGGGACCCUCGGAGAAGCCAAUAGGAUUAAGUACCAGCUAAAGGCCAUAAUACUGGACACAAAAGAUGCAGGUUGCCUAUUUUCAAGGAGUUGAUGUUUCACUGGUGAAGAUGGAUGAGUACACAAUGAGGAACAAGAGCAUCUAGCUAUCUAUAUGGGGGCUCUCAAUCUACUUUAAGGCCCCACAUGCAGAUGCUGAAGAAGAAACAAUAAUGCUCUUCACCCAAAGCUAAUUGCACUGGUUUUGAACCAACUGUACUGAAGUUCAUUUGUGACUUUCUCAGACUCCAGGACACGUGUGAGGAGAAGAAGAGAAGCAUGUUUGUGGGAAUUGGCGUAUGCAGUCACACAUGCCAUCAUUGUCAUGCCACACAGCCCAACUCCUGCUUGGGAAUUUAGGAGACUGCUGAAAGCUACACAAAGCAACUAGGGCCCAAAGCAGGUGACCAUCUUUCCACCGUAGAAAAGGACACAAAUGGAGAAGUUCUGUGGGUGUGGUGUUAUCCUUCCACGACAGCUACUUUAAGGAAUUUACUGCUGAGAAAAUGCUGCCUUACAGAUGAGAGCAAACUUCUCCAUCCCUUCGUCUUUGGUGACUCAUUUUUCUAUUGUUCUGACCGCCAAAGAUUUUAACCCAGAGAAAUAUGCCGCCUUCACUAGGAUAUUGUGUAGAAUGUACCUGAAACAUGGCAGCCCAGUUAAAAUGAUGGAGAGUUAUAUUGCAGUUCUCACAAAGGGGAUAUGCCAGAGUGAAGAAAAUGGCUCUUUCCUUAGCAAGGAUUUUGAUGCCCGAAAGGCAUAUCUCGCAGGCUCCAUCAAAGACAUUGUGUCUCAGUUUGGAAUGGAAACGGUUAUCUUACACACAGCGCUGAUGCUAAAGAAAAGAAUUGUCGUCUAUCAUCCCAAAAUAGAAGCCGUCCAGGAGUUCACCAGGACUCUGCCUGCCCUGGUGUGGCAUCGACAGGACUGGACCAUACUUCAUUCCUAUGUGCACCUGAAUGCCGAUGAGCUGGAAGCCCUGCAGAUGUGCCCAGGUUAUAUCGCCGGAUUUGUAGACUUGGAGGUGAGCAACAGAUCAGACCUCUAUGAUGUGUUUGUGAACCUGGCAGAUAGUGAGAUUACCAUUGCUCCGCUUGCAAAAGAGGCCAUGACGAUGGGCAAACUGCACAAAGAGAUCGGUCAGCUCAUUGUCCAGUCUGCAGAAGAUCCAGAGAAGUCAGACAGCCAGGUUAUACAGGAUAUUUCCCUAAAAACGAGAGAAAUCUUCACCAACCUGGAACCAUUUUCAGAAGUUUCUGGUGAUGGAAAAAAGCUAGUUCUCAAUAUUGAGGCUCUGAAGCAAAGACGAUUUCCACCAGCAACAGAAAACUUCCUUUACCAUCUAGCAGCAGCCGAGCAAAUGCUGAAAAUCUGACUGUGACAACGUCACUGAUGAAUGAUAGAAAGCUCUCACCAUGAUUAUCCACUAACUAUGUAAAAUACUGAAAAUAACAAAGGAAAUUAUAUAUUUUUAAUGAUUAAUUUGCAAGUAUUGAGAUUUGACCCAAAAGGGCCCUGAAACAGAUUUGAAAAUUCUUCUGAUUUUCUCCUGAUUGGUUUCAUGCCUGGGAUCAGUGUUGGACAAAGUGCUGUCACUACCAUAUAUAACGUUAGCAACGGCGUGGUGUCCCGGAGUAAGAGAGAAAAAGCUCUGCCAAGUUCUUGUACAAAUCACAGCAAACCCAAAAGCCUUCAUUAUUCUAAGUUCCAGUUGUCUCAUUGUGUAGCCACAAACUAAUGGUUUAUUUUCAGAAAGCUGCCUGAAAUUUUGCUUUAUAUUCUUCUAGGAAGAACUUUUAUUCCUCAUGAGGAACUCUACUUUCUGAGCCAAACUACUAAGUUUUCUGCAGAACACUCUAGAAGAUCAUUCAAAACAGAUCCUGCAGUUGCACUUUCUUGUAAAAGAAUUUUUUUUCUUGGCCUUUGAACAUUUUUGCCUAUAUUAUGAGGAUUUUGCAUAGAUUUUAUACUUGAGUAGACAACUUUAAUAAUCCAUAUUUAUACUGUUGCAGAGGUGAGCAUUUGGCAAACUUAAGCCACUAGUCCUCGUUAAUUAACCUGUUGCUAGCAAUGUUCUUUUGAAAAAGAUGCCCGUCCUAUGGUAGAGUAAAAGAAGCCCAUUUUGUAUGUAAAAGUAUGAGUGAACAGCAACUUCCUGUGAUUGCAAAGGCCAAGACCAGAGAGUGUCUUCAAACUUUAGUAAAAGUAAUUUAGUCACUUAUGAAGGGAACUGUUCUUGUUCAGGUUAUGUGUCUUUUUCAUAGUUGGAGACCUAAAAAUUGCAAAAUAAGCAUGGAGGUCUAAAUUAUGUAUUUGUUACUUUAUUCCAUGUAUUCAAAUUAGUUACGAAAGGUUAUUUUACACUCACUACUGUUGUCCUUAGAAAUCUUGCCCGGAGAAAAUGUUUGCAAAAAAAUCUUGUCUUUAUCAGAUUUUCAUUUAUUCUUUGUUCAGACAUUUGUUGAGUAAAAAUAAAAAAUAA